AUGCAAAGGGACAUGCAACAAGACAGCGCCACGAAUCACGUGAGCAAGGCUUCUUCUGCAAGGCUAUCACCCGGUGAUCCUUUUCAACGUUUACCACCCGAGAUCAUGAUUCAAAUAUGGAGCAACAUCAACGUGCUUGAUCUUUUACGUUCAUGCGUCAUGGUAUCGAGAACAUGGCGUGAUCAAUUACUGCAAUGUGGAUAUCUAUGGACAAAGGUUACAGUGCAUCAGGAGGAUCAUUUAUCACCAAUUGCGUUAUCCACUGUGAGCGAUCAUGUUCAAAGGCUUCGUCUCUUUUAUCUCUCUUCUCGCUGGCUUACUGGAUUUCACACUAAAAUCAUGCAAGGAUCGUUUGCAAGUAUUACGCAUCUCACCAUCAUGCUAGGCGGCCAAGAGCAUAUGGAAAAGCAGUUGCUGGUUCAAAUGUUUGAGAAAUUGGGAUGCACUUUGAAGUCGCUUUAUUGCCAAACACUGCAAAACUUUCCGGAUCUUGCUGUUGUGACAAGGACUUGCCCUUUUCUUCAUUCACUCGUGUACAAAAACUCGCAUGGUCUCUUCAACCUUGAUGCACUUGAACCGUAUCCUGGAGAACUGAGGUCGUUGACAAUAGAGAACCAUUGCAUCGAUGACAUUGAACGCGAUCAGCUCAUCUCCAUCGUAUCCAAUUUGGGACGACACCUCCAAGCAUUAUCAGUAUUUCCAUGUGGAGAAGAAUGCAUAAGCGACGUGCAGCGAUACUGCCCCGACAUCCACACGAUUGUUUGGAAUUGCGGAUACCCAACAUUAGAUGGUAUCCAUGGAUGCGAGAUGAUAUUACCACCACCACCAUCCACCAAGGGAUUACGACACUUAUCCAUUGCGCCUCACCAUAUUGACCUCGUGGUUGCUUUGAUGACAAGAUACAAAGAUACGCUUGAGACGCUUCAUUUGACCCUGGUAUUACUUCGCAGCUGCGAUCAAUUGGAACGACUAAAGGAUGUUGUGAUGAAACGCCUCGACUCAAUGUCUAUUCGAUGGGUACGAGAUCGUGACGCUGGAACCAGGAUUGCUGCAGCUAUACUUGAUACAUGCCAAGAAUCCCUUCGAGUGCUCAGCUUGGAGAAAUUACACAUGAAGCCAUUGACACGCCAUUUGUGCAACUUGAGAACCUUGAAAUCAUUGCGAUUGGAUAGCAUAGUACUUCACGAGUAUAUGGCAAUCUACUGGGAUCGUUUGUGCAGCAUUGACAACAACAAAAAAGUCACCUUGAUCUCUCUGGAGUUUCGCAAUGUGGAUAUCACAGAUCGUGACUUGAUGCUCCUCGCAAGGAUUGGCACUUUGAAGGACUUUACACUUUCAUUCACUGACGAUCACGACCUAUCUUUCACGGAUCAUGCCGUUCAACAAUUCUUUAAUGAAACCAGGAGCGCAUUAAGGAACGUGGUACUGGAUUUCACACCGAUGUCAUGGUCAGCACUCGAUAUCAUGGCAAGGAUACCAUCAUUAAGAAGGGUGACGCUUUCGAAGCAUGUACCAAUCGAUUCGGUGCACACCUUUAGAAAUAGAUACCCAAGGUUGCGUGUCGAGGGGAUGAAAGAAAAGGAACGCGACAUUUACGCCUUUUGCUGA